AUGGAUCCUAACAAUAAUAAUCCCAACCAGGUGAAAGGAACCUGGGAGCCACAAUUCACAGACCUGUGUGGUAUCCUAGAAAAGAACAUCGCCAACGGAUCCGAAGUCGGAGCCUCAAUCACAGUCAACGUUGACGGAAAAAGCGUGCUCGACAUCUGGGCCGGAUAUCGCGACGAAACACGAUCGGAGGCAUGGGAAGAAAAUACGAUCGUCAACGUUUUCUCGACCACGAAAAACAUAAUCAAUCUUGCCAUGUUGAUACUGAUUGAUCGAGGCCUACUUGACCCGCACGAGAAAGUCUCCAAAUACUGGCCCGAGUUUGCCCACAACGGCAAACAAGAUGUCGAAGUGCGCCAUCUCAUGUCUCAUACUUCGGGGCUAGCGGCUUGGGACGAGCACAUGGAGCUAUCAGACCUGUACAACUUCGAGAGCGCUGCGGCUAAAUUAGCGGCUCAGCCUCCAGCAUGGACACCCGGCACAGCGUCAGGCUAUCACUCUCUAACUCAAGGAUUCCUGCUGGGCAAGCUCGUCCGUCAGGUAACCUCACUGACGCUGACGGAGUUCGUCGAGAAAGAAAUCGCAUCACCAUUAGGAGCCGAUUUCCAAAUCGGAGCAAAACCGUCAGACUGGCCACGCAUCGCAAACAUGAUCGGAUAUCCAUUCCCAGCACGCCCCGAUCUAGACGCCGACUCGGUUGCAUACAAAUGUCUUCACAACCCGAUGUUUCCAUUCGAGACCGCAAACACGCCCGAGUGGCGGAGCUCCGAGCUAGGAUCUUGUAAUGGACACGGCAACGCUCGAUCCGUUGCGCGCAUUCUCUCUGUGAUAUCAACAGGCGGGGAAGUAGAUGGCGUACGUCUGUUGAAGCCCGAAACGAUCGAUUUGAUCUUCCAAGAGCAAGCGAUGGGUCCCGAUCUAGUCCUUGGAUUUCCAUUCCGAUUUGGCAUGGGAUUCGCACUGACUGCACCGGAUCUGUGGCCUCCGUACCUCCCGCCGAAUGGCCGAGUGUGCUGGUGGGCUGGGGCAGGAGGAUCGAUUGGCGUGAUGGAUUUGGACCGGCGGAUGACGAUCGCGUAUACGCCGAAUAAGAUGCAGGCGCUGGGGCCGGCCGAGGGGUAUAUUGAGUGUAUCUAUAAGGUCUUGGAUGGAUGA